AUGGCGCGGGCCGCCGCCUCGUCGGUCGGCGUCGCCUCCGUCGUUCUGCUCCUGCUCGUCGGCGCCAAUGUCUCAUUGGCAGACGCUAAUGUGGAGGUGGACCGUGAUCUGUCAGAGGGACAAGCAACAAGUAUGGUGGCAUCAUCAUGGAGGAGAUCGAUCGUCGAGGCACCCUUGCCGGCAAACAACUCCCUCGUUCUAGCCGCGGGGAGGACUCGCCGGAGCGACCCCGUGGGCAAGCUCACCAUGUACGAAGGCGGCUGGAACAUUAGCGACACGCAUUACUGGGCUUCGGUGGCGUACACCGGGGCUCCCCUCUUCCUUGUUGCCGUGGUGUGGUUCGUCGGCUUCGGGGUGGUGAUGCUCGUCAUCUCCUGCUGCUGCUGCUUUUGCCGGAACAGGAGCGACAGAUACUCGCCCACUUCCUACAUCGCAUCCCUCGUCCUCCUCGUCAUUCUUACCUGCGUCACCAUCGCCGGGUGUUUCGUGCUGAACGCCGGGCAGGAGUCGUUCCACCGCAGCACGAUCGGCACGGUGGACUACGUGGAAGGGCAGGGCAACCUGACUGUGGACAAUCUGAGGAACUUCGCGGGGAGCCUGGCAGCCGCCAAGAACAUCGGUGUGGACAAUAUCUUCCUCCCGGUUGACGUCCAGCAGAAGAUCGACAUGGUCGAGGAGAAGCUCAACUCAUCGGCCAAUGAGUUCUCCGCCCGCAUCGUCCAAAACUCCGACAAGUUCAAGACCGUGAUGGACAAGAUGCAGUUCUACCUGAUGGCUGUUGGGGUUAUAAUGCUCGGCCUUGCGCUUCUCGGAUUCGUGUUCUCCGUGCUGGGGUUGCAGUUCCUUGUGUCCCUACUGGUGAUCGCCGGAUGGGUUGUCCUCACCGUGACGAUCUCGAUGGCCGGCGGUUUCAUCCUACUGCACAACGUGGUGGGCGACACCUGCGUGGCCAUGGACGAGUGGGUGACGCACCCGCAGGACCACACGGCGCUGGACGACAUCCUGCCCUGCGUAAACGUCGCCACCGCCAACGAGUCGCUGCACCGGAGCGAAGAGGUGACGGCGCAGCUGGUGGCGCUCGUCAACAACGUCAUCGUCAACAUCUCGAACAGGGACUUCCCGCCAGGGUUCAAGCCGCUCUGGUUCAACCAGUCCGGCCCGCUCAUGCCGGUGCUCUGCAACCCGUUCAACCCGGACAUGACCGCCCGCAAGUGCGGCCCCGGCGAGGUCACCUUCAGCACGGCGUCUGACGAGUGGAAGCGGUUCGAGUGCCAGGUUGCGGGCGAGGCCGGGUCGGAGGUGUGCACGACGGUGGGGCGGGUCACGCCACCGGCGUACAACCAGAUGACGGCGGCGGCGAGCAUCAGCAUGGGGCUCUACGAGUUCGGGCCCUUCCUUAUGCAGCUGCAGGACUGCACCUUCGUCAGGGAGACCUUCACCUCCAUCAGCGUCAACAACUGCCCCGGCCUCGAGCGCUACAGCGGGCUCGUCUACGACGGCCUCAUGCUCAUGUCCGUCUCCGUCAUGCUCUCCGUCGUCUUCUGGAUGGUGCACACCCGCCAGCGCCGACGGCGCGCCCGCUGCGGCAAGCAGCCGGGAUGA